ACUCGCUGACGACUCGAGAAUCGGAGUGGGUGGGGAGCUCCCAGGUUGGUGUCAGCGGCGGAAUCUUCAGGGAUCGUGGUCAACCAGGAAUCGACCAAUGGUUGUGAGAUUGAGAGGAAGAGACUUUGCUUUUAUAUAUUGGCGGCACCAUGGGUUGUUCACAGCGACAGGAGGAAGAAGAUGGAGGAAGAGGAAACGCAGCAUCUUUCCUCAGGAGCGCCAGCACCUCCUUAUAUAGUGGUUAACUGUAAAGCAAGUGGUAAAGUUACGAGAUUUGCAGCAGGGACUGAAGCAGGAUUUGCCGUGCGCAUGAUCAAUAAGAAAUUGGACAUUGGCAUUGCACCAGCUUCACACAUUGAAGCUGUUAAGGGAGAGGAGGAGCCCAUCAGUUUUGGGCACACUGCAGUGCUUGUGGAUUAUGGGGAGGGUUGGAAACUGCAGACAGUUCAUGAAGAUGCUGACCACGAAAUCAGGAGGGUGGGAAGCUUCGAAAGGCGAGUUCAUGGGGGAAUGGGAACGUCAUCAAGCACUAUCUUUCAGCAGAAGCGAACAAUUGCAACAGGAUUUGAGUUUUCGCUUCAAUACAUCGGAAAGGUUUUGCUUGCGUUUUGCUUCAUUUUUCUGAUUGGAGGAGUACUUACUUUCAUUCUUGAGAAUCUCCCAUCAUUGAUCUCCUCCGUAUCUACAUCGUUGUAACACAUGUUUCUCUCUAAUGGAGAGUAUGUAUUCCUAUUCAUAAACAUGAACCGGAGUUUUUUCAUUCUUUUGUAUUGUUUCAAUUUUAAGAUGACCUCUUUAUUUGCA